AGUUAGAAGCAUUGGAAGGUCCGAAACCAAGCAAACAACGUUACUCUCUCUCUCUCUCUCUCUCUAAAACCUCAGGUCCUAGUCCUAGUCCUAGAGAGAGAAAAACCCUAACCCUAAAUGGCGACCGGUGCUGCUUCAGCGAACUUGGAAGAUGUUCCCUCCCUUGAUCUCAUGUCCGAGCUUCUCCGCCGCAUGAAGUGCUCCUCCAAACCCGACAAGCGCCUCAUUCUUAUUGGCCCACCUGGAUCAGGAAAGGGUACCCAGUCACCAAUAAUUAAGGAUGAAUACUGCUUGUGCCACUUGGCUACUGGUGAUAUGUUAAGAGCUGCUGUUGCUGCUAAAACCCCUCUUGGCGUUAAGGCUAAAGAGGCUAUGGAUAAGGGAGAACUUGUUUCUGAUGACUUAGUUGUGGGCAUUAUAGAUGAAGCUCUUCAGAAGCCUUCAUGCCAGAAAGGUUUCAUUCUUGAUGGAUUUCCAAGGACUGUGGUCCAAGCACAGAAGCUUGAUGAGAUGCUGGAAAAGAAGGGUGCCAAAGUUGAUAAGGUGCUCAACUUUGCAGUUGAUGAUUUGAUCUUGGAGGAGAGAAUUACUGGUCGCUGGAUACACCCAGCCAGUGGUAGAUCCUAUCACACAAAAUUCGCACCUCCCAAAGUUCCUGGUGUUGAUGAUGUUACUGGAGAGCCCUUGAUUCAGCGCAAGGAUGAUACUGCAGCUGUUCUCAAAUCAAGGCUGGAGGCGUUUCACAAGCAAACUGAACCGGUUAUUGAUUAUUAUUCCAAGAAGAGUAUUGUUGCUAAUCUCCAUGCUGAAAAACCUCCCAAAGAGGUCACAGCUGAGGUUCAGAAGGUGCUGUCUUUGUCUUAGUAAAAACAGCUCCCUCCAUCUUACUUAUAAUUGAUCGCAUUCCUUGGGAACGCUACUGUUUGUUCCUUUGUAUUUUGAUAUACUGUUGAAUUUUCUGACUAGUUGCAUCACUUAUUGAUUUUCCAAACUGCUAAUGACGGCUGCUGUCAACUUUUUGAGGUUUAAUUGAGUUACCUAUACAUAAUAUAAAAGCGUGAAACUGCACGCUGGUGCUACACAUUUUUUUGCUU